CCGAAGAUGGCGGAGCGGCGCGGGCGGCCCCUCCCGGCUUGGGCGAUGCCUGCCGCCGCCGCCGCCGCCUCGUCUCCGCCCCGGGAAGAACCAGCGGCCAGCAGCAGCAGGAGGAGGAGGCGGAGGGAGCCGAGCCGAGCCGGGCUAGCUGGCGCGCUUCCCGCCCUCCUCCGCCUCCUGCCGCCGCCGCCUCCGCUGCGCGUCUCCGGCGGGCGAAGAUGGCCGAGGCCGGCGGGGCGGCGGAGGAGUCGUCGGACAGCGAGGGCGAGCACGAGGGGCCCCAGAAACUCAUCCGCAAAGUCUCCACCUCGGGGCAGAUCCGCAGCAAGACCAGUAUAAAGGAAGGAUUGCUUCUGAAGCAAACCAGUUCUUUUCAGAGAUGGAAGAAACGUUACUUUAAACUUCGAGGCCGUACUCUGUAUUAUGCAAAGGAUUCAAAGUCUCUGAUCUUUGAUGAAGUCGACCUGUCAGAUGCCAGUGUAGCGGAAUCAAGCACUAAAAAUGUCAACAACAGCUUCACGAUAAUCACACCAUUCAGGAGGCUCAUAUUGUGUGCAGAGAAUAGAAAAGAAAUGGAGGAAUGGAUCAGUUCACUGAAGUCUGUACAGUCGCGAGAACAUUAUGAGACUGCACAGUUUAAUGUGGAACAUUUCUCAGGGAUGCAUAACUGGUACGCCUGCUCCCACGCACGACCAACCUUCUGCAACGUCUGCAGAGAGAGCCUGUCAGGAGUUACUUCCCAUGGCUUGUCGUGUGAAGUAUGCAAAUUUAAGGCUCAUAAAAGAUGUGCUGUUAGGGCAGUGAACAACUGCAAAUGGACUACACUGACUUCGAUUGGAAAAGAUAUUAUUGAAGAUGAAGAUGGUGUAGCCAUGCCCCAUCAGUGGCUGGAAGGAAAUCUUCCCGUGAGUGCCAAAUGUGCUGUCUGUGACAAGACCUGUGGCAGUGUCCUACGGCUGCAAGAUUGGAAAUGCCUUUGGUGUAAAACUAUGGUGCACACGGCUUGCCGAGAUUUGUAUCCUCACAAGUGUCCACUUGGCCAGUGUAAAGUAUCCAUAAUUCCUCCUACAGCACUGAACACCAUAGAUUCUGAUGGUUUUUGGAAAGCCACGUGCCCACCGUCCUGUGCCAGUCCUCUCUUGGUUUUUGUUAAUUCAAAGAGUGGAGACAAUCAGGGAGUAAAAUUUCUCAGACGAUUCAAGCAGACCCUAAAUCCAGCUCAGGUCUUUGAUUUAAUGAAUGGAGGACCUCAUUUAGGCUUACGGUUAUUUCAGAAGUUUGACAAUUUUCGGAUCCGUGGAGGAGAUGGAAGUGUUGGCUGGGUGUUGUCCGAAAUCGAUAAACUCAACUUACACAAGCAGUGCCACCUGGGAGUGUUGCCUCUUGGGACAGGGAACGACCUCGCCCGCGUCCUCGGCUGGGGGGGGUCAUGUGACGAUGAGACACAGCUUCCUCAGGUUCUAGAAAAGCUAGAACGAGCAAGCACCAAAAUGCUGGACAGGUGGAGCAUAAUGUCGUAUGAACUGAAAUUAAUAUCAAAACAAUCUAUUCUUCCUGUUACUCUAGAAGAGGAGUCUGAGGAAUGCCAGAUAUCUGCAUACGAGGACUCCGUUGCUGCUCAUCUUGCAAAGAUACUUGAUUCUGAUCAGCACUCAGUUGUCAUAUCAUCUGCCAAGAUAUUAUGUGAAACUGUAAAAGGGUUUGUUGCCAAAAUCGGGAAGACCUGUGAAAGAGCAACGGAAAACACAGAAGCGGAUGUUACAGCCGUGAAAUGUUCAGAACUGAACGAGAAGCUCAACCUGUUGCUCCAGGCCCUUCACACUGAAGCCCAGGCUGCUCCUGUGCAGCCUCCAGCCGCUUCCUCCGUCGCUGAGAAAGGAGGUGAAGGGUCGUCCAGUGAAGAAUGUUCCUCUGGUGUCAGCGACCAAUCGAGAGAGAACAGUAUGGCGGCGGCGGCAGCUCCCACCCUCUCGAUCUUCAAGCCACGAGAACAGCUGAUGCUCAGAGCAAACAGCUUAAAGAAAGCCCUGAGGCAGCUAAUUGAGCAAGCAGAGAAAGCUGUGGAUGAACAGAAUGCACAUACAGAAGAUCAAGUCAAUCAGAUGCCAGCAGAAUAUAGUAAGGAACUGGAGGAAUCCAAAGACGAGGAAAAAGAAGAAGAUACAAAAGAAAUGGAAUCUUAUUCAAUCAAAACUGCCCCCAGAUCUCCAGAUGGACGGAGAAGUCGAAUUUCUUCGCAUGCAAGUACACUUUCAGCCCCAGUCUGUGCAGCCAGCAAAGAAAAUCUUCCAGUGCUUAACACAAGAAUAAUUUGUCCAGGUCUAAGGGCAGGUCUAGCUGCCUCUAUUGCAGGGAGUUCCAUUAUCAGCAAAAUGUUGCUAGCAAACAUUGAUCCAUUUGGUGCUACACCUUUUAUUGAUCCUGAUCAAGAAUCACUGGAAGGAUAUUCAGAGAAGUGUGUCAUGAACAAUUAUUUUGGCAUUGGAUUAGAUGCAAAGAUUUCAUUAGAAUUUAAUAAUAAGCGGGAGGAGCACCCUGAAAAAUGCAGAAGCAGAACAAAGAAUAUGAUGUGGUAUGGCGUUCUUGGUACAAAAGAGUUAUUGCAGCGAACAUACAAGAACCUAGAACAAAAAGUUCAGCUCGAGUGUGACGGGCAGUACAUUCCCCUUCCAAGUCUUCAGGGCAUCGCUGUUUUGAACAUCCCAAGUUAUGCUGGUGGGAUUAAUUUCUGGGGUGGAACAAAGGAGGAUGAUAUAUUUGGGGCACCAUCAUUUGAUGAUAAGAUCUUGGAGGUUGUUGCGGUGUUUGGCAGCAUGCAGAUGGCUGUUUCCCGUGUCAUCAAGCUACAGCAUCAUCGGAUCGCGCAGUGCCGAUCCGUAAAAAUCACCAUACUUGGAGAGGAAGGAGUGCCAGUACAAGUGGAUGGAGAGGCAUGGAUCCAGCCACCAGGAAUUAUUAAAAUUGUGCAUAAAAACAGAGCGCAAAUGCUGACCCGUGACAGAGCCUUUGAAAGUACUCUGAAGUCUUGGGAAGACAAACAGAAGUGUGAUUCCUGCAAACCAGUCCUGAGAUCUCCUUUGUACCCUCAACAGGCUGUGGAGCUGGCCACGGAGGAAGAGGCUUCACAGAUCCAGUUCUGUUCUCAGGCUGCAGAAGAACUGAUCACCAGAAUCUGUGAAGCUGCAAAAAUACACACCUUACUGGAACAAGAGCUGGCUCAUGCCGUGAAUGCGUGUUCUCAUGCCUUAAAUGAAGCCAGCCUGAGAUUUCCUGAGAGCCUUACGCGAAACAUCGCCCUUGAAAUAGUGGUCAGCGUGAAGGCGCUUCAUGAUGAAACGGAAUCCUUGCUAGUAGGAAGGGUUCCUUUGCAGUUGGAAUCUCCUCACGAAGAGCUGCUCUCAAUGGCUGUGCAAAGUUUGGAGGCUGAAUUGAGGAAGUUGGCUGAAAUCCCUUGGCUGUAUUAUGUUCUUCGGCUACAUGAUGAUGAGGAUCCUCCGUUGGAAUACGUUAAAAGAAACAGAAGCACGGUAUUUCGUAUAGUGCCAAAGUUCAAAAAGGAAAAGGCCAGAACACAGAAGACCAAGCCUCAACCUGUUCAAAAAUGGGGCACAGAUGAAGUUGCUGCUUGGCUGGAUCUGCUCAGUUUGGGAGAGUACAAAGAAAUCUUCGUCAGCCAUGACGUCCGAGGCUCUGAGCUUUUGCAUCUGGAAAGGCGAGAUCUUAAGGACCUGGGGAUAACGAAGGUGGGCCAUAUGAAGCGAAUUCUGCAGGGAAUUAAGGAAUUGGGCAGGAAUACACCUUUGCCAGAAAUGUAGCAGCAUCGCUGCCUUCGAAGGAGAAAUGCCACUUCUGCAGAGCUGUGGAAGCACGUGACCCUCUGCGCACCUCAGUCUGUGGACAAGUGGGCACCAGUAUGUGUCAAGCACGUUACUGUAUCGGACAGAAGAGCUGGAUGAGGAGAGUUUGAAAGAUUUCACGUUUCUAGAAACACUAUGAAAUAUAUAUAUAUAUAUUGUGAAGAGCAGUUGUGUAAAACGUGGGCUGUGUCAUUUUAUGAUUUAUCUGUCAAGAGUUAUCCAAGUGUAGUUACAUAUCUGGGUCUUAAUCGGUCGAGCAGCAAUUACUUUUAUGAAAUGAUGUUGCUGAAUUUGAGAACUUCCCAGAAUCUCUUGCACAAUUUUCCAACAGAGACUCACACAUGUGAGUUUUUAGGUGAAAGCGAUACCUCAGCAAUUCUCUCUCUCUCUCUCUCUCUCUCUCUCUCUCUCUCUCUCUCUCUCUCAUUCACUAGCCAAGAAAUAAAAUUCGAGUCAGGCAGUACCCCAGGAAUGCAAACAAUAAUGCAUGGUUUGUCUGCUGGAACUAUAACUGCCUUUUUUAAAAUGACACAACUUAAGCAACUGAACAACUUUUGUAUCUUUUUCAAGUUUUAAGUUAUCACAGCUCUGUACUCUCUUGUUGUUAGAGUCUUUUCCUGUUGCUGUGUGUUGUAUGUUAUCUAAAUGUGCCAUUAGGCAAAGAACUUUGGCUGUAAACAUCUCUGGCAUACCCAGGAAGAAAAGUGUGCUAAAUGCAAGAGAAAGUUUCUAUACUCUUGAUGACAUGUACUUUCAAAGCCUGGUUCCUCAUGGAGUUAUGAGCUGACUUCCAAGGGAAGAAAAAGUCUAGGCUAUAAAUAUGCAAUGUUUCUCUCUUAUAGCCUCUCUUAAGGCAAAUGCAGGGAUAACGGAAAGGCUGCUUUUGAAUGCAGAGAUGAGGCCCAGUUAUGAGCCAUGAUUUUAAACUGCUUCACAUUGAAGGCAUCACUAGGACUAACUUUGAGAAUAUCAGGGUUUGAUUUUUGUGUGUGUGUGUAAUCAAACUUUGAAAUGUUCUGGCAGUAAAAAUUACAGGUCAGAUGAAGUAUUUGUCUAACCAUUGGGUGUCUUUGCUGUAUACAUAAACUUUCAACGUGGGAAUUAUCUGUCCUCAUCAGAAAUAUUUAAUGCAGGCUAUGUGUGAAGCAUGUUUAAAAAAGAAAAAAGAUCAGGGCAACUGUUAAUGUGAACUAGUUUGUCCGAUUCGCUUAUGAGCUCUGAUCGCUUUGCACAAAUGUGUUGGUUUUCCUUCCCAACUGAGGCAGAGGUCUUUCAAGGUGAACUGUUAACAUCAGAGGAGAGCAAGUGUCACGUACACACGGCUUUUCAGCAAUGAAAAAAACUCCAUGCAGUGCAGAGAAACAAUCUGUCCGCAUCAGCAGGGAACCAGGUCAUCUCCCUUCCUCUUCCGUAGGGUUGGGGCCAAACUGGAAUCAGCCAAUGGAGCGCCUGCAAGUGACUCUUCCCUUCAUGCUUUGCAGUGGCUCUGCUGAGGACAGGGACCCAACCAAGGAGCUUCAGGGAGGAGAGGAAACGGCAAACCUGCCCCCUCUCCUCCCUUUGACUAUUGGAGGAGGGUGGGCAAACUCAGCUCCAAGACUGGCUUUACUAGAGCAAGAGCCAGGAGGGAGCUGUUGUACUAACUCUCCUCUUCUGGCAAGAGAUGGUUCAUUUUGUUCACAAGUGUCAGCAGAGGAUGUCGCAGGGCACACAUACUAGGGCAAGAUAGAGAACAUCGACUUGUGCGAGAUUCUUCCCCUUCUACAAGUUUGGAUCCAACCCAUAAUAUUUUAAAAAGAACAAACCACAAGGCCCAUUGUUGCAUUUGCAUUUCCACUUAAGCAGCAGCCAGCAAAGGCGUUCUGAGGGAUGCUGCCAAACGCUUCAGGGCUCAGGGCACUCAGUCACGGACCAGGAAAGGGAUUUGGGCCAGUGGUGGGAUUCAAAUAGUUUAACAACUGAUUCCAGUGGUGAGGUUCAAAUAAUUUAACAACUGGUUGUACACA